AUGUCGUUAGCUAUGGAUAAAACACUGAUGGCUUUGUCUUUGGAUGAAGAAGAUACACCAUUUUUCAUGUCGGAGCUUCUAGGUUCAUCUUUGAACGAGCACGAUAUACUAGAUGUUCUGGAGAAAGGUGUUCACACAUUCAAUGAAUGGGUAAUAGUGGUGAAAAGAUGGGCCAAAAAUCCACCGAAUGAUUAUUUGCAGUAUGUUCCAAUUUGGAUUCAGAUUAGUAACAUUCCGGUUAACUGCUACACCUCCGAAGCGCUUACGGCCCUCAGAGAUCUGGUUGGGAAAACAGUAGUUGUGGCGUUCGAUCCGACAAAGCCAAUAACCCAAGACUUCAUUAGGGUUCAAGUGAAGUUUAAUGUGGCUAAUCCGCUCAGAAGAUCAAAGGUUAUUACUCUAAAAGGGGGAAAGUCGGCGGUGAUUCUCUUCCAUUAUGAGAGAGUACAAAAAAGAUGCUUCCAUUGUCAAAGGCUGAACCACGAGAAGGACUUCUACCCGCUUGUGGUGAGACAGAGACAAGAGGAAUCUAGGUUGAGAAAGGAAAAGAUUACAGAAAGCUUGAAGAAGAAGCAGAGUGUUAUACCAGAAGAUGACAUUCUAUUUGGUAUCGUUGAUGAAUCCUUGGUUGGUACCGAUCCAGCUACUGGAAGAUGUAAGAUAGCGAAGGAUGUCCUUGAAGAAAUGAGGAGAUACAUGAGGGAUGAUACUGGAGAUAGUCGGCCGAUCAAGAUAGACAGAAUUCAACAAUCUCUAAGGGAGGCGUCCAAGGACAUUAUGACUCAAAGAUCAACUCUAAGGUUGGAAGCGCCCCCGAUGAUUACAUCAGAUCUUAACAAAGGCAAAGGUCUGGUGUUCGACUACUGUGAAAAAUCAGGAGACUCCAGAGCCUUAAGCUCAAACAGCAACCCUGAAAAACUGUUAGCUGCUUUUUUUAAGGCCCAUGCUGCGGCUUUGUAUCAAUCAGCUCCUGCUCAAAGGGAUGGCAAUUAUGCACCAUGUUCUUCCGGGGUAGUGAAGAAACGACCAGUGGUGAGAAGAAAACCUCCGAAAUCAACCAGAGAUCAGCAGAAGCGAGGAUUCGAACAUAGAGGGACACAAAAGAGAAGGAAAGGAGGCUAUGGGAAGUAA